AUGGGGCUUCAAUCAAAACGACGCAAGUUGGCCAAGGUCGAGGAGGUGAAUUUUGAUCCGGAUGCCCGCCAUGACUUUCUUACGGGAUUUCGGAAACGCAAGCAGCAGCGCGCAAAACAUGCACAGGAGGCGGCCGAGAAAAGAAUGAAAGAAGAGAAAAGACUUGAGCGCCAAAAGAUUCGAGAAGAGCGGACGGCUGAAUUCAACCGGGCAAUGGAAGAGCACAAACUCCAGCUCAAGCGCCUGAAGGAGCUAGAUGAGAGUGACAGCAGCGACUCCAAUCCCGACCAGGAGAACGAGAGCGACUCGAAUCAAGAAUGGGAGGGGUUUGCCGAGCCACCGGCGGUGGACUACGAGGCCGAGUAUAUCGACGAAGAUAAAUAUACGACGGUGACAGUGGAAGAAAUGGACCCGUCGCGAGAAGGUCUUCUCAAGGCUGCGAAGGGAGAAUACUCGGAGGAUGAAGAAGAGCAAGAGCAAGAUCCGGCACCCAACACUACGACAGCGUCAGAUGCGAAAGCGCCCAAGAAAAUCCGAAAACCAACGGACAAACCCAAGAAGAAGAAGAGAAAUUUCCGGUACGAGAGCAAGGGCGAGCGCAAGCUAGCACUGGCAAAGCAGCGCCUAUCGAAAUCGAAAAAGGCCAAGGCACGGCGAGAGGGAUGA